CGGGCGGCGCUGAGGGGAAGAGGGGGCCGGAGCCGCCGUUGCGCAGCUCGGGAGGGAAGCGGAGCCCGUGACCUUCCGCUGCUGCCGCCGCCUGGGCCUGAGGGAGCCGGGCCCGGCCCGGAAGCUGCCUGGAGCCGCCGCCAUGAACAACGUGGGAGGCGCCGACGAGAUCGGAAAGUUGUUUGUGGGUGGCCUAGACUGGAGUACAACACAAGAAACUCUCCGUAGCUACUUUUCCCAGUAUGGAGAAGUUGUAGACUGCGUAAUAAUGAAAGAUAAAACAACAAACCAAUCUCGAGGGUUUGGAUUUGUCAAAUUUAAAGAUCCCAACUGUGUGGGAACAGUACUGGCUAGCAGACCACAUACAUUGGAUGGUCGAAAUAUUGAUCCAAAGCCAUGUACGCCUCGGGGAAUGCAACCAGAAAGAACACGGCCAAAGGAGGGAUGGCAGAAAGGACCCAGAAGUGAUAACAGUAAAUCAAAUAAAAUUUUUGUUGGUGGGAUCCCCCACAACUGUGGCGAGACUGAGCUCAGGGAAUACUUCAAGAAAUUCGGAGUGGUCACUGAAGUUGUAAUGAUCUAUGAUGCGGAGAAACAGAGGCCCCGAGGUUUUGGAUUUAUUACUUUCGAGGACGAACAAUCAGUGGACCAGGCUGUCAACAUGCAUUUUCACGACAUCAUGGGCAAAAAAGUGGAGGUAAAACGUGCAGAACCUCGUGAUAGCAAAAGCCAAACUCCAGGGCCACCGGGUGCCAGCCAGUGGGGAAGCCGGAUCAUGCCAAGUGCUGCCAAUGGCUGGGCAGGUCAGCCCCCUCCUACCUGGCAACAAGGAUACAGCCCUCAAGGAAUGUGGGUACCAGCUGGACAGGCAAUUGGUGGGUAUGGACCGCCUCCUCCAGGAAGAGGAGCCCCGCCUCCUCCACCACCUUUUACCUCAUAUAUAGUUUCUACGCCUCCUGGAGGAUUCCCACCUCCACAAGGGUUCCCACAGGGCUAUGGCACCCCUCCACCAUUUAGUUUUGGAUAUGGUGCUCCACCUCCUCCACCUGACCAGUUUGCCCCUCCUGGAGUACCCCCUCCACCUGCCACUCCUGGGGCAACACCACUAGCUUUCCCACCGCCACCACCACCAUCUCAGGCAACUCAGGACAUGAGCAAACCCCCAACUGCUCAGCCAGAAUUCCCUUAUAGCCAGUUUGGUUAUGGACAAGACUUGAGUGGUUUUGGACAAGGUUUCUCCGACCCUAGCCAGCAGCCCCCCUCCUAUGGAGGCCCCUCGGUGCCACCAUCAAGUGGCCCACCUGCAGGAGGAAGUGGUUUUGGACGAGGACAGAACCAUAAUGUGCAAGGAUUUCACCCCUACAGACGCUAGCACAUGCUGGCAAUCAGGGAAUCCUGUCCACAGUGGGAUAUCUGGUAGCAGCUGAAGCCGGGAAUCCCAGACUUCUGAACUUGUGACAAUCACAUACUUGAUGGAAGAAAAAUCUAACAACAUUGGGGGAGGGGAAUGGGAGAGGGGAUGGCUUUUGAAGGCAACGCUGUGGGUGUUUGGACUGCAGGUUUUAAAUAUAUUCCUUUCUCUAACCCAUCAGCACAAAUAAAGAAAAUGUCACUGGUUCAAACUACAGGGUUUUAAAAAUGUCUUCAGCUUUAAUUCAAAACUUCAGGUUUCUUUUUUUGAAAUUAUUUUUCCUGAGCCUUUGUUUUACCGUAUAUUGUAAACUUUUAUGUUUAAAGAAAAAUAUAUACAUUUACAGAUUGUGAAAUUUUUAAGAGAAAUUUUCUACUAUGUAUGCUGGCUUAUUUUUUAAUUUAAAACAGGGUUUCCGUUAGCAAUGUUGGAAGUGAUGGUCAGUUUCAACCCCUUUACUUCAAACAUAGUGGUGGGGCAGUUGGUCCAGAAACUCUGGGAGUUAGAAGAAGAAAUCUACUGAGUGUAUUUUGCUUUUGUUACCUGACAGUAUAGAACUGGUAACAAUGCAGGUGCAGACUUGUUGAUGCACAGAGUCACUUAUGAAGUACAGCAUUUAAAUCUGUGCUUCAAACUCUUUAAAAUCCUCUGUGGAUUUCAUUAGGGGUUAACGGAGGCCUUGUUAAGAUGUAGAUUUCCCUCAGGCAAAAGGUUUAGGUGCAUUUUGCACUAACCAGUGAUUACCCCUGGUUUGAAUAAAGAGAAGUACAUUUGGAUUAGAAACAUAA